AUGCCCUCGAUAAGUGAGAUUGUAAAGGCACAUCAGCCUGACCUAGCCUCUUACGAGAAGCUUUACAAAUGGUUUCACACGCACCCCGAGCUCUCCUUCCAAGAAGUCAAAACCGCCGAGGCCAUUGUUAAACAUCUCGAGACCUUCAAAGCUUUCACAAUUCACUCUGGCAUUGGCGGUCACGGCAUCGCUGCCAGCUUCUCUAAUGGCCCGGGAAAGACUCUUCUCUUACGUGCUGACAUUGAUGCGCUACCCGUUGAAGAGAAGACUGGACUGAACUAUGCGAGUACGGCACGCAUGAAGGAUGUAGAUGGUGUUGAGAAACCCCUUAUGCAUGCUUGUGGCCACGAUAUGCAUAUCACAGCGUUGCUUGCAGCGGCGGAAACCUUGGUCAAGUGUAAAGACCUAUGGAGUGGAGAGUUGAUUCUGGUGUUCCAACCCGCGGAAGAAAGGGCAGGUGGCGCGCAGAACAUGGUGGAUGAUGGUCUUUAUCAAAAGGUCAAGGAACCAGAUGUCGUUGUGGGAGCACAUGUUAUGCCGGAAAGAGCCGGUGUUAUAGGCACAAAGCAUGGUUUAAUCGCCAGCUCAGCAGACAGAUUCCAACUACGUAUCGAAGGCCGACAAGCCCACGCAUCCACUCCCCACCGCGGCAUCGACCCCAUCCUCCAAGCCGCCUCCACAAUAAUGCGUCUCCAAUCCAUCGUGUCCCGAGAGGUCGACCCUCUGGAUUUUGCCGUCGUGACCGUCUCCGCAUUCCACGCCGGCGACGCCGAAAACAUCAUCCCCUCAGAAGCCAACCUAAAGAUCGAUGUCCGCGCCGCUCAACCCCAGACUCGCGAACGCGUUCUCGCUAGCGUAAAGCGUAUCGUUGCCGCCGAGGCCGAAGCAUCAAACAAUCCGAAUCAACCUACUUUGACACCAACAACACAGUUCCCCUUACUAUUUAAUGACGCUGACAUUACCAACGCGCUCGAAGGAUCCUUCUCAGCGCACUUCCAACCCGGUAAACACUCGUACCAGUCUGACAUUGCACGCCUACAGGGCUCAGAGGACUUUGGUAUUCUGGCCACUGCGAUUGGCAAGCCGAGCUGCUUUUUCUUGUAUGGAGGUACGGAUCCGGCGGUUUGGGAUAAGGCGGAGAAGGAGGGGAGACUUAGUGAGGAUGUUCCAGGGAAUCAUAGUCCGUUCUUUGCGCCAGUUGUGCAGCCUACGUUGACGGUGGGGAUGGAGGGGUAUGUUGUUUCUGCGUUGACAUUCUUGAAGAAGGGUGAGUAG